AUGGGUGCUUAUAUGGAUUUCCUUAAAAUUAUUGCUAAAUUAGGAUUAAAAGAACUUGCUAAAGUCGGAAAAAGUGGAAAUGGUACAGGAAAACUUGAAUUUUUAGGGGAUUUUGCCAAUUUAUUGAAAAAUGAACCAAAAAAAAUAAAAGAUACAAUUGAAAAUCUUAAAGCUAAAGCUCCUUCAGCUCCAACCAUUAAAGAUAUUUUAAAGAAAAUCGAUGGUACAAAAAAAGUUGUUAAAAAAGAAAUAAGCACUAAAACCAAUGAAAUAACAAAAAAACCCAAAAGUUCCAUUUUAGUAUUUUUAAUGAAGAAGCUUUUUGGAUUAAUGCUUUUAGGAUAA